AUGCCACGUGUCAGCUCGCUCCUCGUGUUUCUCACCUUCAUGGUGGCUCUUCUAGCUGUCAGUAAUGCUGCUGUCGUCGCUGGUUAUGACAAUAUUUAUCAGGUGCUUGCACCGAGAUUCCGACGCGCCCGUCUGAUGAGUUUCGACGGUGAAGCUCCCCAAUAUCUUCAACAUUUGCUCCAGAAUCUGAAACCACGCUUCCGAAGAUCAAUCUGA